CAUCACCGUCACACCAAUUGUCCAUUCCCAUGCACGGAUUUCUCACACCAGCUGACGCCUUCUCUCUCUCUCUCUCUCUCUCUCUGUGAUUUAAAUAUUGUGUUAAUUUGAAGGGCAAUGAGAUAUAGCUAUAUUGUUGGAAUACUGUGGUUUCAUUGAAGGGAGUGUUUUAGAGACAACGAACAAUCCAUGAGGAUGAGGAAUCUGUUGUUGGUGUUGGGAUUGUGCUUGGUAACAACAAUAAGUUAUAGUAAGAGGAGUAGUGCAGAGCUUCGAAGAUUUGAACAUACGCCUACUACCAAAGGGAAUGAUGGUGGUUCUGUUAGUUUUUUGGUCAUCGGUGAUUGGGGUAGAAGAGGCCAAUUCAACCAAUCUCUAGUUGCUCUUCAGAUGGGAGUGGUUGGAGAGAAUUUAGACAUAGAUUUUGUAGUAUCGACUGGUGACAAUUUCUACGACAAUGGGUUGAUCGGAGAACACGACGUCGCAUUUGAGGAGUCAUUCACCAACGUCUAUACAGCUAACAGCCUCCAAAAGCAGUGGUACACCGUGUUGGGCAAUCAUGAUUAUAGGGGUGAUGCAGAAGCACAAUUGAGUCCUCUCCUUAGGAAAAUUGAUAGCAGAUGGCUUUGCUUGAGAUCUUUUGUUGUCAAUGCAGCAGAAUUAGCCGAACUAUUCUUUGUAGAUACAACCCCUUUCGUUGAAAUGUACUUUACCAAUACCGAGAAGCAUACUUAUGAUUGGCGAGGGGUGACAUCUCCAAAGGUUUACACUGCAAAUCUAUUGAAGGAUUUAGAAACAGCAUUGAAGGAAUCAAGAGCAAAAUGGAAGAUUGUGAUUGGUCAUCAUGCAAUCAGAAGCAUUGGACAUCAUGGUGACACUCAGGAACUCGUAGAUAAGCUUCUUCCUAUUCUUCAGGCCAACAAUGUUGAUUUUUACAUGAAUGGGCAUGACCAUUGCCUUGAACACAUUAGUGACCCCAAAAGCCCCAUCCAAUUCCUAACUAGUGGAGCAGGGUCAAAGGCAUGGAGGGGAGAUGUUAAAAAAAAGAAUAGAGAAGGUUUAAACUUCUUCUAUGAUGGGCAAGGCUUCAUGUCUGUGCAGUUGACACAAACUGAAUCAACCAUUGUGUUCUAUGAUGUUUUUGGCCAAGUAUUGCAUAGAUGGGAUGUGUCCAAGCAACUUCACCUAGCCAUAUAGACAUUUUAACAAAUUCUUCGGUCUGCUGCUACGAUUGUUUUAGUAAUCGCUAAAUGUGUAGCUAAAUUUUAUGGUCGUCUUCAACAAUGGUAUCUAGCUUUGGGUGAAUGCCGACAACUAGAAAUUAAGCAGUUACCUUGUGACUAUCUCGUUGAUGUCAUUUAUGUCGUCCAUAAUGAGUUUCUUUGUCGCGUUGAUCAUUAUAAGUCUCAAAUCCGAGAAGAAUAUCUAAACAUGAAAUGUUGUUGAUUAGUGGCUAAUUUGACAAUUACAAGGAUAAAUGUAGCUUGAAAGAAAAAAAUAUCUUAGUACAGGGACAUUGAGUAAUUUAGGCCUUGGAGAUUUGAUAAACAUAAAAAUUUGUGUUCGUUGUAUCCAUCUUAAUUAAGAGACGAGUAUUAACCACUGAUUACCUAAUGUAGGUACUAAAACUAUUAGUUAUUUC